UAGUACUUUUGUGCAGGCUAACUACAAAGGCCAAACUGCAAUGCGUAUAGCGCUAUGUAUUGACAAGACGAUACUGACAGAGCUGCUAAACUGGGAGUACACGACAGGCAUGUGUAAUAGAUUUGAGUAUAUGUAGAUAAACAAGAAAUGGGGUUCAAACGAAAGGGACAUUCGUCUAGUGACGGAGAUCACGAUUGACUUGGAAAUCAACUGACCCAGUCGUGUAGCAGCUAGCUUUAUUUUAAUCAUCCUUUUUGUUGGAAUGGAAUAUAACCAUGUACAAAUGAUGGAAGGAUGAUAACAAUUAUCAUGCUAGUUGAUUUGUAUGAUUGGAGAUUACAGAAGCAUUGUGAGUUUUAUGAAGAAAUAAGAUGAAAACACGCAAGGAUGUUCGAAGACAGAGACUUCAAUUUGAUAAAAAAUAAUAACACAUGGUACGGCAAAGCAACGUGAAGCAUUGGACAGAAAUUAUGUGGUGAAAUUUGAGAGAGGGGCAACAUUCGAUACGACUCGGAAAAAGAAGUCAUUCAACUCGAGAAUUUUCUAUAUUUUAUUUGUCUACAUAUACUCAAAUCUAUUACACAUGCCUGUCGUGUAUUCCCAGUUUAGCAGCUCUGUCAGUAUCGUCUUGUUUCACUUUAUGAAACUUUGUAAACUAAUAAACUCUAAAUUUUUCCGUCCCACCAUUCACGAAGCUCAACUUCAACCAUACGAGAUGGUUGUAAAACCUACUUCUGAUUUUAACCAACACUUACUUGGUUGAUAAUGGACUUAUAACAGCGGAGGUGCAGAAUAAACCAACAAUUUUUGCAAUUUAGAGUUUUGUGGACGAGACCUGAACAAAGAUAGGCAUGAAAAUGAGAAAAAUCUCAGUUAAACUGGAGAAAUAUGUACCUAAGGGCUGCCGCAAACCUUUAGUCUUGAGCUGAACUGUUUUGCAACUCUUUGUUUUGUUAUUUUCCUUUUGGUGAGAGUGGCAAGGUAAGGCGAGGCUGCAUAUUACUUUACCGACAAAAAAGGCAAUGCAAGCACAUUUACCGAACCAUCGAAGGUACAUCUAUAUUUGUUUCUUGAUACAACUGAAACGAUAAUGGUUUUGAAAAUAUCGCUGCAAUCCAUUGGUAAAAGUUCAAAGAAACUAAAAUAUGGUUGUUAGGGAACAAAUAACUUAUGGCUAAUCCAGACCCUGUUUCUUUAAUAGAAGAGAAGCAAUAGUGGGCUGGGUCUUUUGCAAAGAGUCCCCAAGAAGCUUGUAUACAGAUAAGGGGAAUUGUCGUAUAUUAGGACUACGCGAGUGAACAGCGGUGUAUGUGCACCAUCCCCCAUGGAUACUGUUGCUAGUUGAGUUGAAUUUUCAAAUCAAAAUAGUAGCUGAUCAUAAAAACCUCGAUCAGGAAAUUGCAGCAGCCUCGAUUACAUUAUGUAGCCGAUAAAUAUGAUGUUUUGAAACCUGUAAUAUAGCGGGUAUCGAAACUUGCUUCUAUGCGCUAAAAAUGGAUAAGACAAAUAAACUCGUAAAGGAAUCAAGCCAUCCUUAUUCGUAACCACAUUUGUUAGCAUUUAAAGGCGACAGAACGAGAUGAAUUGAUGUAGGUGACAGCGUCACUUUUGGUCAGAGGCAGCAACUAGCUCUGGCUCCAUUGAGCAAGGUGCGCUUAGAAUCGAAAACAUUUUGCAAGAUGAUUUAGGCAGGCGACCUGUCAAAGCAGUCAUGCCCAUGAGUCAAAUGAUCAAAGGAGCAAAUGAAAGGAACUAUACGACAGAUCUCGAACGAUGAAAAACCGGCAGAUCUGUAAAAAUUUGUUGUCAAUUGUUUCCGAACAGUAUUAUCAGUACCAGACUGUUACUUUUUGAAGAAAAUCAAAAAGUUAUAGCUGAGUUCAUUAAUGACCAAUUUGAAGGAUUUGUUUUAAGCGGGAACCACUGUUUAUCGACAGCCAAUGAAUAGAUAAACAAGAUUCUGAGCAGAUACUGUAAUGCGAAGCACUAAGCAAAGUUGAAGGCUAACUGAUAACAAAGGUCAUUGGUGUGUCAACCGUUCAACGAGCUUGGAGGGGACAUGAUGGAUCAAGCUAAAUCAGAAACAAAAGAAAGGUCAGAAGAAAGCAAAGCACAGGACGACACGAUGAGUGAAUGUGUUAAAGUUAUCGUUCGGUGCCGACCGCUUAAUGACGUCGAGGUCGAAACUAACACAGACCUGGUUUUGUCCGUUGAUCGAAUACAGCGCACAUGCAUUCUACGGAAACCUGGAGACAAGAUCAGUAGCCCGCGAAAAGUCUUUACAUUUGAUGGCGUGUACGAUGCGGAAUCGACAAACGAAGAAAUAUACGCCGAUUUCGUUGGACCGCUAGUAGAAAGCGUAUUGGAGGGUUACAACGGAUGCGUCUUCGCAUACGGACAGACGUCGUGCGGUAAAACAUUUUCAAUGCAGGGGAUACAAUCGGUAAAUAUGCAGCGCGGGAUUAUCAACAGGGCGAUUGACCAGAUUUUUGAGAGCAUCCAAGUUACAGAUGUCACGUAUUACACGAUAAGAGCCUCCUAUCUCGAAAUAUACAACGAGGAGAUUCGAGAUCUCCUUAACAAGGGAAACAGAUACAAGCUGGACAUAAAAGAGCACCCAGAGAAGGGCGUCUACGUGCGAGGGCUUUCAUCUGUUGAAGUUACCACUGUGGAGGAGAUGGAAGAGGUUGUUGAAUACGGUGGAUGGAAUAGAGCCCUAGGCGCGACAGCACUGAACCCGGAUUCUUCGCGAUCGCAUUGCAUUUUCGUUAUUGACUUCGAACUGUGCUUCACGAGUGAAGGUGACAACAAAGAACAUUUUCGGUCGGGAAGGCUGAACCUCGUCGAUCUUGCAGGAAGUGAGCGUCAGCGAAAAGCGAAACAAGGAGAGGAGAGGCUCAAAGAAGCGACGAAAAUCAACCUCUCUUUGUCCGCCCUGGGAAACGUCAUUUCAGCCUUAGUGAGCGAAAAAUGCAAGCACAUACCAUACCGUGCGUCGAAGUUAACGCGGCUGUUGCAGGAUUCGCUAGGAGGAAACUCUCGAACUUUGAUGAUCGCAUGUCUAAGCCCAGGCGAAAACAAUUAUCAUGAAACACUUAGUACGUUGAGAUACGCCAACAGGGCGAAAAACAUAAAAAAUAGGCCGAGAAUAAACGAAGAUCCGAAAGACGCGCUGAUUCGCCAGUACCAAAAGGAAAUCAAAAUGUUGCGACAAAUGUUGAUGAGUCAGAUAAAAAUUUCUGAUUCUCAUAACCUGCCCAUGCUUCCACCAUUACCGACAACUGCGAGUAGCGACUUGGAAGAGCUUAGCCUCGUAAAGCCACCAUUUCGAUCGGCAGUCGUAAUUUCGAAACAAGCACGACUGGAAUAUGAACAAAAAAUCAGCGAACUACAGCAUCGAUUUGAUUACGAGCACAUAAAUAAUGAACGACUGCAAGCCACGUUGCAGAGUUUAAAAACAGAAUUCGACAAUUACCGUUUGCGCUCUGAAUAUUCGCUACAACGGUUGCAGGUGGAAAACAAGGCUCGCCUGGAAGCGAUGGGCGGUCGUAACACGACAACCGAUAAAUCGGACAAUUCUUCUUCAAGCGAAGAGUUCCCCGUUUCGACGACGAGUGGCGGGUCAUGUAGUUCUUGCGAGGAGUUUUUCUGGUCUGAUAAAAGCUUCGACCGUUCCAUCUUCCAUUCGGAGACCAACAGCCAAGAGAACGACAGCAAUUCACAUCUUUGGUCAUCAAGCUGGCUUCGGUGUUACUGCAGUUCGCCAAAGCGGUUUGGCAAAAAUAAGCGAGAAGGUUCGCAAGAAAGCAUCCCAAGUGAAAUUAGCUCUCGAAGCACUGGAGAUCAGUCAGAAGGUGCUGACGACGAUAAAAUCACAACAGAAAGUGAGAAGGUCUUGUUGAAUAGAGACGAAAAAAUUUGUAAAAACGAGAAAGAAUUCGAGUUAGGGAGCCGAGAGAUGGGAGACGGGAAUUCGGACACACCAACGACACCUGAAGAGGCGAAUGGAAAUGUCGUGACGAAGGAGCCACGCAGCAUCAAAGAAAUCAACGCGAACAAGAAUGAUUCUGAUAAGGUUGAAGAAACGACGGCAUGGCUCCUUAUCUGUGCAUCUUGUUUUGGUGAAAAUUAUGGCGAGAGAGAGGACAAAUCUUCGCAAACAACUGCCAUAGAGGAAUGGAAAAAUCAAGGAGAACGACUGAUGGUGAAAUAAACAGACUGGUAGGCUGUGAUGGCACGAAGAUUUAAGACAGAAAAAACUUUAUAUAAAAGAAUACUAGCAACUUUGACGUAGCAAGCUGGAAAUAUGAUUCGAAUUUGUAUAACUGCAUUAUUGUUUUUAUCUAAAAGAUUGAUUAGUUUAAGAUUCAAGAAAUUUUUUUUUUAUUGAAGCAAAGUAUGACAGAAGAAGAUAAAAUAAAUCUGAUAAGUUAUAGGUGAAUAGUUAGUUGACACUGCAUGUUGGUAUGUUUUGCAUAGAGCUGUUUAAGGUUAAUGGAAUACAAUAAAUGUUAUGGAACUGCGAUUGUAAAGAGUGAUUAUCUAAAGGAUGAUAAUUGUGUUUUUAUAACAAAUUAUAAACAAUUAGAUUCAACUUCAUUAAAAGAACUAUAACCAAAUAAAGAAUUAAGAAAAGAAUGGCUGAUAUCCCUCAGUGUUGGUAAUUAUGGUUCUUGAUCUUUAACUUUCAUUCAAAAUGCUUCUCAUUUAUUUUGUUUAAGCGAUUAUGUUUG